CCCAUUCCCGGAGGAAGCGGCCGCACUUCCGGCGCGCGGCGUUAGCGACCACUAAGGAAAAACUGUCAACCCGGACUAGGGAAGGAUUCCUCGGAGCAUCUCGGCUACCGGUCCUCGGUCCCCCGGAACCCCCGCCUCGAAGGGCGACUGGGAGUCCCCGAUGGACCCGGAGCUGGCUCGCAGCCUCUUCUUCGAGGGCGCCACGGUGGUGGCCCUGGACGUGCCCGAGGGCACCGAGUUCGGCAUCGACUGCAGCUCGUGGCAGGUGGGCCCGCGCUUCCGCGGCGUCAAGAUGAUACCGCCGGGGGUCCACCUGGUGCACUACAGCGCGGCGGCCCGCAGCCCCGCCGGCUCCCGCGAGACGGGCCCACGCACCGGCUUCUUCGUGACCCUACGGCCGCGGGGGCUACGCCUGCUCCGCUGGGACGCGGCCCGCGAGGAGCUGGACCUGAGCCCGGCGCCCGAGGAGCAGCUGGAGGCCGUCCGGGCCAACCUGCAGGAGUUGGACCGCUUCCUGGGGCCCUACCCCUACGACCGGCUGAAGAAGUGGGUCUCCCUGAGCAGCUGCCUCAGCGAGGAGGCCGUGCAGCGGCUGCAGCCCGAGAGCGGGCAGAUCUGCGCCUUCUCCGAGGUGCUGCCCGUGCUGCCCCUGCGCUACACCAAGGACCGCGCCGAGCGGGGCCCGCCGCCCUGCGCCGCCGAGUGCAAGAGCUACCAGGAGGGCCUGGCCCGCCUGCCCCAGAUGCAGCCGAAGGCCGGCACCGAGAUCCGUUUCACCGAGUUGCCCAAGCAGACCUACCCUGACGGCGCUAGCCCGGCGGAGAUUACCAAGCAUAGCAUGGACCUGAGCUACGCCCUAGAGACUGUGAUUAACAGUCAGUACCCCACCAAUCCCCAGGACGUCCUGGCUGAGCUGCAGUUUGCCUUUAUCUGCUUCCUGAUUGGGCAUGUGUAUGAUGCAUUUGAACAUUGGAAGCAGCUGCUGAACCUCCUGUGCAGGGCAGAAGAAGCCAUUGGGAAGUACAGCGACCUCUACAGCCGCCUCAUUUCCAUCUUGUACCAUCAGCUUGCAGAGAUACCUGCUGACUUCUUUGUGGACAUCAUCUCUCAGGACAACUUCUUAACCAGCACCUUGCAGGUUUUCUUUUCCUACAUCUGUAGCACCACUGUUGAUGAGACACUGAGGCGGAAGGCAGAGAAGUUCAAGGCCCAUCUGACUAAGAAAUUCAAAUGGGACUUCGAGGCUGAGCCAGAUGACUGUGCCCCAGUAGUGGUGGAGCUUCCAGAAGGUGUUAACUUGGAAGUGACGGACUAGCUCUGAGAUGAUAAGCAAAUGAUUCUCUUCUUCCAAAGAGGCCAAUCAUCUUGAAUUUGAAGCUCCUUUCUACCAGGUGUCUUUUUGAACUGUGAGGGGGAGCCAGAGCUCUGUUGUCUCUUUCCAUUUCAUGGGUUUAGAAUAGGGUGCCCAUGUCAAAUAACCUGGGUCCCUGGGGCUCCCACUGUGGCCCUUUCCCACCUCCUGCCAGAGGCUGGUACUUUACUGACCUGAUUGAAUUUCACCAAAACUAACUCUUACGUAAGAUCUUCAAAGAAGCUGUCUGAGUGACAAUUUAAUUCCUUCUAAAGGAACAGAGAAAUUGAACUGGGAGGGAGAGCCACCAAGUUUUCCUUGGGAAAGAGUUUGCCUUGAGAGAGGUGGGUUUUUUUCCUUCUUAAAUUAGAAACUACAAACUCUACCUUUGUUCGUAUUUGAUAUUGUUAUUUUCCCUAGCUGUCCUUCAAAGCCAGGGGGUAGCAGUGACAGGUGAGAAGAUUACUGUGCCUGUUAAAUUUUAAUAUUGUUGUUUGAUGUUCAGAAACGGGAUGUCUCUGAAGGAAACCCAGAUGUAUGUGAGGUGUGGAAGACAGUUCAGCAGUGCCUGAGGACCAGAGUAGUUUUUGUUCCUUACUUAAAUUACAUUCCAUUAGUUCAGGGUCAUAUCAUCUAAUUCCGCUGGGCCCAGGACAGUUACUAUGGGAAGCCAUACCCAGAGAGUGGACUUAGAACAGCCACCUUCCUUGCCUGAUGCAGCCCAUGGACACACACCCUUUUCCGAGCCUUCUGGAAUAGGAACCCUGGCCAUAUGAACUGAUGAGCUUCUCUGGAAUUACCUGGUGAAGGAAGACUUCCCACAAUGGUUCUUUGUGUUGCUGUAAUUCAACAGCAAGAAGAAAGCAAUUCUCCUCCCUCCAAUAGUUGUUUCCAUAUGUUAUGGAAACUUUGUGACCCAUGUUGGGACCUCUGAAUAAUUUACAAUUUCGCCUAAUUUCCUCAGCCUUAGUGUCCUUUCCCCUUGCCUUUUCCCUCCAUUUCUUCCCUGUAACUGUCAGUUUUUCUGAUUAAUUGAAGUAUCCACAUAGAGUGGAGCACAAAGGUUGUGCCAGUAACCUGUAGAGAAAACGUUUUGCUUAAAGGGAGACUGCCCUGAACUGCUCACCUUGUCAUGUUGUACAACAGAGCAAGCCCCCGCUGCCGCUUUCUUUAACACACAUUCUGGUGCUUUAGCUUUUGAAUGAGCAUCCUGACUGGGUAGGAUCUUUAGUUCCACUUGUUUCCUUGGAGAUUGCUUUAUAAGAAGGUUGGAUGUAUUAAAUCUUUUCCUUGAGAAUAAAAUUGUUGCAUGUGAGUC